AUGGAAGAUGGACGCGACAGUUUGGAUGAAGAAUGUCCCAAUCUGGGGGACGAUGAGCUCAAUCUCAAGUUUAUAUCAACCACAACCGUGUCUUCGCAUCACCUGAGGAAAUCAUCAGCACCGUCUUUCAAGCUGCUUCUUGGCUCCCCUUCCACGGAUGAUUUACCAUUUGGCUACAAGCUUCGGCGUUUCUGGCCUCGUGCGGUUAUUGGCGUCGUGGUUCCUCCUGUGGUUACGGCGUAUUAUACAUUUUUGGUCUUAUAUUACCUAAAGCCUCAAGAUGAAGACACGAAUCCUUUGAGGGUGGGUCCGGGAGGUGCGAAUUUUGCGUUUUGGAGUUGGUUCCUUAUCGGUGUUUUUGGGUUGAACCUGUCAAAAUAUGGCCUGAUUGGUACCGAAGCGGGAAUGCUGAUGUAUAAUCGAUCUCUGGGGCCUAGGAAUGCUCUUCAACUCAUGAUGCAUGCAGAUCGAACAUGGAGUGGCCCAAGCGGCUGGCUAAAGAUCCUUCGAAAGUCUCUGUUCCUUUGGAAGGCAGAUGGGCGGUCUAGCCAAAAUACUCGAGGCCAUGCUCCAUCUCGCCUCUGGUUUGUGCUUUUGUUUUUGAGUGCUCUACCACUUGUCGCGCUUCCAAUUUCCGGCCUGUGUAUGGAGUCAGGAGAUGGCUAUAUUUUUCGAAAGUCGGGUCCGUCAAAUCAGGUUGUUCUGGGUCGAAAUCAAGCCAAUUUUGACCUCCGGGAGCUCUUUUCCAUUUACGGGAAGGCCACGAACGAUUGGAAAACAGGAGCGCCCGUACGUUUACCUGGAAUCGGCGUGAUGUAUACGAGACCAGGCCUGAAACGCUCGGAAUAUGACUUUCUUCAAAGAUUUCCCAACACAUUCCCUCCUGAUUCAGGGGUUCCUGAAAUUUUCCUUGCUCCACAAGCACCUACUCCAGUCUUGGGGACAACGAGUGGUCUCCUAAUUCGAUACAAUUGCUCGUCCGCCUCUAAAAUUUCAGAUUUUACGAUUCUAAAUCGUUUUCACGAGCGUGGGAACUAUUCAAUGCCAAAGUACGAUUCCGAGACAAAUAUCGUUACUCCGAAUUUUCAUUACCGAAAAGUAGGCCAAGACCAGGUUACCCUUGCGAAUUAUCGAACGCCCAAUAUUGAAAACUAUGAAGCUGUUAUGGAAUUCGGUUUUCCCAGUUAUCCAGCUAUACGAUAUCAAUCUACAAAUACAUCCGAACGCCGCUGGGGAAUCGAAAAGGAUUUUCUCUCAGAAUAUAUUCUCUAUCAAUAUCUAGACCUUCCAGGCCCCAAGUCAGCCAAUAAAAGUUCUGUCAAUAAGUUUGAUGAAAGUCUCCAUGGUCAAGUGAGCAUGGAGGUCGACGAACCUAUUCCUGAUGUUGCAGAGAAGUACCAUCUUGAACACCACUCGACCGGUGGGAGUAAUUCCACCAACACUAUGAAAGUUGCCAUUGGCAUACGGUGUACUUCCGCGUCUGAUUUCGGGAUCGCUGAUGUUGACGGCAUGUCCAACACGUUCACCAACUUCAAACCUCAUGAUGUUAUACCCGCUGUGGGUACAAUACUUGGGGCUCCACCCUUUGGCCCUGGCGCAGUCAGAGCUCUGAUAUUUAAAUUGGCCGAAUAUGACCGAGCUCUUGGUUCUAUAGGGCCACAAAAUGUACUUUCAUCCGUGGAGGGUCCAGGGUACAUUGAUCCUGGCAACAGACGUAAGGUGAUAGCUCCCAGCUACAUCCAGUCCACGCAACUCAGGAACUCUGUUCUCCAAGCCCAUGCUGCUUUCGCCUUGGAAUUGGCGUACGAUGGAGUUGCCAAGUACGACAACCUGUCACAGUAUCUCCGUUAUUCCAAUGGCUCUUCUGAGGCUCCAAGUUCCGAAUAUCAUUCUCGCAGUUUUUUCACGCACGAAAACUUCACCACCACAACGCCGGGAAAAGUCCUUACCCGUGGCCCGUUGAAAAAUAUAUGGAUUCCUUUGUAUCUACUGGUUCCCUGGACAAUAGGGUCUGUGUUUCUUGCUCUCAUCUACUCUCACAAACCGAGAUGGUCCGAAACGUUUGAUGGGUACAGUCUCUUCCGUUUUGGGGCUGAUUUUGCGGACCAGGUGAAGGGGCGGCGCGAGUUUGUAAGCACAGAGGACUACGAAAUGUGUGGUGCUUUACGAGAUCUACCAGGAUUUAUUGGUGACUCAAGGCCAUUGUUCACACCUGGUCAUAUAUCGCUGGUCAAGAAUAGUAUGGCAGCGCCAGACAAAUUAUACAUGUGA